CUGGCCCGAACAUACGAAUAGUUUGAGGUUACAUUCAUGUUAUUAAUCGUCUCUGAAAGCAUCGCAGUGUGCUUAUGUUUACAUCCAAAUCAUUUGUUUUGUAAACCGCAUCGUGAAUAUAAAAUCGAAGAUUGCUUGCGACUCCCGAGAAGUUGCACGAUCUUCUGGACGGCGCCGACUUUGAAACGGGUGGCAUAAAUACUAUCGAGGAUAUGAAUUUCUCCCGAGGGACGUACAAUUCAGACCCGCAUCUUAUCCCACGCAUCCAAAAGUAUCUGGAAAAUGCGGAGAAUGUGGAUAUCUACACAAUGUCUGAUGAUCUACAAAAAUUAUACCCUAAAGAUUAUGGUAGGCGUAAGAGGAACGCUUUCCGUUCACUUGUAAAGAAAGGAUUUGCAUUGAUUACACAAACACAAGGGAGUGAAAAUUCAGAUAGCUCAGAUCUCAGUCAAGAAAGCCAUGAUGAACAAUUGAAUUCUUCUAAUUCUACAUUACAUAACCAACUGCUUGAGAUGUAUGGAAGAAGACCUCAACAUGCAAAUGAAAAUGAACCAAUAGAUAUUUCAAGUGAUGAAUCUGAGCCCCCAGCAAAAAAAUCCAAUGGUGCCUCUUCCUCUGACCCGAAUCAAAUACCAAUACAACUGCAGGUUCCACGCAAUUUUAUUAAUCACAACAAUCUCAAAGAGCUGUCAGUAACUAAAAUCAACACUGAUAAUACUAACAGAACGCCGCAUAGUGUCAGUCGUAAGCGUAAAAUGAGCAAUUUCCAUGCUAACACUCCCGGAGCGGUGACACCCGCCGCGCCGUCAUCACCUGCACAGGUAAAACACAUUUCUAGGAAGCAACGCGGUCAACCCGCGGAUUUGCAAAUGUCCACAAUGACGUUCAAAGACAUCGGCGGAUUGGAGAAGGUGCUGGAAAAUGUGUGCCAACUCCUGGUACACAUUAAACACCCUGAGGUGUAUAGACAGAUCGGCAUCUCGCCACCCCGUGGCUUCCUCCUGCAUGGUCCGCCCGGUUGCGGUAAAACUCUUCUUGCAAACUGCAUCGCAGGCGAGUUACAAGUGCCUUUGCUGAAAGUUUCUGCGCCUGAGUUGGUCGCAGGAGUGUCUGGCGAGAGCGAGGAGCGUAUCAGAGAGAUGUUUGAGCGGGCCGUGGUUGCCUCUCCUUGUAUUUUGUUCAUCGAUGAGAUCGAUGCCAUCACCCCGAACCGACAGUUCGCACAGAAGGAUAUGGAACGACGAAUUGUCGCGCAAUUACUCACAUGCAUGGAUGAUGUGGGCAAAACCGAGAACGGCGAUCAGGUCCUCGUGAUUGGCGCGACAAAUCGUCCCGAUAGUUUAGAUCCCGCUUUGCGACGUGCGGGCCGUUUUGAUCGCGAGGUGUGCCUUGGCAUACCCGACACCAAGGCCCGCUUGAACAUCCUGAAAGUUUUAACAGUCAAUCUUCGCCUUGAUGAUGACUUUGAUUUCGAAACGCUGGCGAAGUACACGCCUGGGUUUGUUGGAGCUGAUUUAAUGGCACUCACCAGAGAGGCCGCCAUGGUGGCUGUAAAUAGAGUUUUCGGGGAGAUUAAGGAGAAAAAACGGUUGGAGAAUGCGAUCGUCGAAGAAACUGCACGCGCGUCCAAACCUGCAAAGAAAGUCGAGGAAGUGAAGGCAUGCGAGACUGAAAUCAUUGUUGACGAAGGUGGGGAUGAUCUCACUCCGGUGGUGGUAAAGGAUAAGAUUGAAGGAGAUCUGGAGAAUGCUGUUGUCGUGAUCGAUGAUGAAGUGGCCCACAAAAUCAGCGCGCAAGGAGGAGGAGAUGCGGAAGUUCUGCCUAGCAAUGGCGAGAAGCCACAGACACCAGAAACUCAAGAAGUGGAAAUGAAACGGGAACCUACGCAGCUAGAAGAGAUGAUUUCAUGGUUGCAUAAUGAUGCACCAUUGAAUGCCGCACAGUUAGGCGCUCUAUACAUUACCGAUAUGGACUUUGCCAAAGCCUUGAAGUUUGUACAGCCAUCAGCGAAGAGGGAGGGUUUUGCAACCGUUCCGGACGUUACCUGGGAUGAUGUUGGCUCCCUGCGAGACAUUCGUGAAGAGUUACAGUUGUCUAUUCUGGCACCUGUAAGACACGCGGAGCAGUUUAACUUAUUGGGACUGUCUACUCCAACUGGCGUGCUUCUUUGUGGACCGCCUGGUUGUGGCAAAACUUUGUUAGCCAAAGCUAUUGCGAAUGAAGCUGGAAUUAAUUUUAUCUCUGUGAAGGGCCCAGAACUUCUAAACAUGUAUGUUGGUGAAAGCGAACGCGCAGUGCGCGUGUGCUUUGAACGGGCUCGAAAUUCCGCUCCCUGUGUGAUAUUCUUCGAUGAAUUAGAUGCACUCUGUCCGAAGAGGAAUGACUCUAGAGAAGGCGGAUCCACAAUGCGCGUAGUUAACCAAAUGCUUACCGAAAUGGAUGGUGUUGAAACUCGACAUGGUGUGUAUCUGCUUGCUGCCUCCAAUCGACCAGAUAUCAUUGAUCCCGCCGUUUUGCGUCCUGGAAGACUGGAUAAGAUUUUAUAUGUUGGAUUGCCCACCGCUCAGGAUCGUGUGGAUAUUCUGCGAACAAUAACAAAGAAUGGCACUCGUCCACUUCUGGCUGACGAUGUGGAUCUUGAGUUAAUCGGUACUUCCGCUGAAUGCGAAGGAUAUACUGGAGCUGAUUUAGCUGCACUUGUUCGCGAAGCCGCUGUCCGCGCGCUGCGCGAAGUGAUUCUCGAUGGUGAAAUUGCGCACGGCAAGCCGGUUAUCAUCACGACCGAACAUUUCAAACAUGCGGUGGUGAAAAUCCGACCAUCAGUUUCCGAAAAAGACCGCCAACACUAUGCCAAGUUGAAGAAGGCUUACUCGGCGCGUCAACCCGACGUCGAGGAGAUGGAGUACUCUUAAAUUACAAUUUACUCGUUUUGUUUCUAUUGUUUAACUAAUUUUCGGAUUUUUCGCAAAUUGGAUCAAAAUAAAGAAUUCAAAUUAGA